UCUGACCUUGUAAUAUUCCUUUUUGGCGCAAGUUAUAAAAAUCAGCUCAUCCUCCUCAUCAGCUGAUGUUGCUUCAGUGGUUCCUUAUCAUCGAAACUUGUCGCACAACACGCACACUUGGUCAAGGAGACUCAUCAGCAGGCGUUUCAGGACCUGGACCUCGCCUCCUUCUUCGUGUAGCUUGCUUGCAAGGCUCAUAUAUCACGUUGUCAACUUGACUGAAUUGGACUCCAGCGCCCCAAGUGCCCCUCAGGCUUAGGUCUGGCGAACUGCAGAGGAGAGACACGAAUCUUAUCAGUUCGAACUCAAUCAGACCGAAUCAAAACUCGAUAGAUUUUGACUGUUGGAAAAUAAAGGCGGAAAUCGACCGUGAUCAGUCACUGUUAUGGCCCAAGGUGCCCGCAAUGGGGGCCCCGAACAGGCUGGUGGAGGAGGUGGAGGAGGUGGAGGAGGCUCAAGCCAGGCCUCGGAAAUGCACCGCCUUUCGAGGACGGGGGACUCAUUGUAUGAAUUGCUGGAAAUACCCAAAGACUCCACCUCGCAAGAUAUCAAUAAACGAUAUCGGCGCUUGGCCCUCAAAUACCAUCCGGAUAAGAAUCCCAACAAUCCGGAGGCGGAGGAAAAAUUCAAAAAGAUCAACUACGCCAAAACCAUCUUGUCCGACGAAAAGAAACGCGUGAUCUACGACAAACAUGGCUCUUUGGGGCUCUACAUCGCCGAUCAAUUCGGCGACGAAGUGGUCAGCACGGUCAUGAUGUUCUCAUCCGGUUGGUUCCAGUGUCUCUUUUGGAGUUGCUUCGCGCUCAGUGGGUGUUGCUGCUGUUGUUGUAUGUGUUGUUGCUGCAAUUGCUGUUGCGGCAAGUUCACGCCCAAAGUGGAUGAUGACUUGGAUGACAUGCCAGACCUGGCCGAUUUCGAGGCAAACAGUGAUAAUGAAGAGCCGCCUUCUCGAUCAGACCACUCCAACGGGGCCAUCACGAUUGAACCCUUGGCGUCGAGUUCCAGCCCAGUCAGAGACGGUGCGGAAAGUAAAAGCUCGUCUCCUAAUCACGCAGAUGGGCCCGCGGUCAUUGCCCUUCCUCCCCCGUUACCUCCCCGUCGAGACACGGCCAAUGAAGGCACGCCUCUGAAUGUGGAUGGAGGAAAAAACGUGCACCUUGAAUCACAAUGACCAAUUCAACAAUCAUCCUGCUGGGACUAUGUUCCGAAUUUCCCGAGGCCUUAUCGUUCAUGAAAAAAGAACAACCUCUGUUUGUAAGUCCCCUCUUCAGUAAACAGGUUCUACCAGAGCACUAAUUUGACCUACCCCGUUCCACAUCAUAUUACUAUGGCAAGGACUGCGUCCAAGACACACACACACACACAUUCACACACAGCCCCCCCAAAAUCCAUCAAACAGUGGACCCAUGUAGUUCCAUCCUGGCUGGCUGUGGUGUUCUGAACGAAGUAUUGUUUAUUAUUCCCCGUUUCUGAUCAAAACUCUCCACCUCUCAGUCAUAUAUAUCCUGCACCGUGUCCAAUAUUUUGAAAAUACACGGUUGCGCCACUCCCGCUACGACUCUUA